UGACCGUUCCACGAUUUACACAGGAACCUCUGUCCUACCUCAGUGUACAGACAUUCAGACGAGCCACUUAAUUUCACGGUUGAAAUUGUGUUCAUACCGGAGAUGGCGGAUGGGCUGAUUCUGUACAACGAUCAGCUGACAAAUGGCUCUGUUGGAGACUUCAUUUCAUUUGGAAUGUCAGACAGAUUUGCUGAAUUUAGGUAAUGGGGUUGUAUUCACAAACAGGGACGAAGAGCAUCCUUCUUGAUCCCCGCCAGUAGUCCUGUGAGGCUUAGCUCUAGCAGGAGUCUGCCCUCGCAAGCUAUCUUUUCCAUAAAGCCUUUGGUUAUUCACAAAUCUUUUUUCGAGGUCGUUUGAAAACUAAUGCAAAAAUAGGAUCGGAACUUAUUUUGUCUCUGUAAACCCUGAAACAGCAAGGUAACCAAACUAUCGUUAUACUAACCAAGUCUAUCAUAUUCCACCUUGGCUGCCGUCAUAUUGCAUACAUUUAGCCAAGCCUUAAAACGGAGCUUCUAUUUAAUACAACACUUUAAGUUCUGGUUUGGGGGGUGCAUCAUGCUCUCUGACUGUUCCAGUGACUUAUUCUAAGAACUGCAUCACGUCAUAUGUAUCAACAUACUUAGCACGAACACACCAUUAUAAGAUGCUGCAGUUUACAUGUAGAUUGUGUGUUGGUUGGACUUAUAAUCCUAUGGUCAAUUUUUACAAAUGUAAUAUAAACGUGCAGCCAUUUUCCGUGAGCACAGAUUGAAGAAAAAAGACUCCGCUUCAGCGCAAGCUUCCCACAUAUACUCUGGGCUCCAGUGUCCCAGUCUAACAAAGUAUACUUGAAUAUCUCCUCCAUGGUGAAGCUGAGCCGGCACCUUAGAGAGUAUUACGAUUUUUUUUUUCGAAAUGGGCUAUAUCCACGUUGAAGUGGCUGUGCAUGUCAGUUUUAGGCUUAAAAUAACAUUCUUAAUCUUAACCUAACUGUGAUGCACAUGUUAUAAUCCAGUUUUAUCCUUGGUUGAUAUUUUUUUUCCUUUUUUGGGGGUAUGGUAACGUAACGUAAGAAAAGAGUCUGAAACAAAUUAAAUUAAAUAUAAACCAAGGUCAAAAUUGAAGAGAACUUAUCCGUAUUUAGAUUCAACCUUGGCUUUGAGCCUGCAAUCAUUCGAAGCCGGCAACCACUGAGCCUGUAUGAGUGGCACAGAGUCGUCUUAUCACGUAACAGGAAGGAAGGAAAUCUCACCGUAGAUGGGGAGCCACCUGUAACAGGAAUUUCUAAGGGGAGUAGUACAGGUCUGAAUUUGAAUCAGGAUUUGCACGUGGGAGGAAUCCUUGACUUCUCAUCAAUAAGCUCUUUGGGGGGAUUCAAGUCAGGAUUUAUUGGCUGUUUAAGCUACUUGGCUAUCGACGGAAAAGUUGUAAAUUUUGGUAAGAAUAUAAUUGUUUCUUUUACAUUCCAUUACAAAAAUGGUUGGUAUCAAAAAUAGGGACCUUAAAAACAGAAAAACAGGUACAUGUAUCGUCUCCUUUGAUUAUUUUGAGAAAUUUUCGUAGGGACAAAACGAAUGGUAGUUGGAUAAAGGUUUUCAAAGAUUAAAAUUUCUGGAAAGUAGUUUUUGAGGAGAUUUAACAGAGGCACCCAACGGAGAAUUUGAGAAAAAGACGUAAAAACAACAACAAAGCAUAAAUAAAGCUUUCUGAAGCCAUUUUAAGCAUUUUGGGAGCUCGCUUGGAAAAAUAUAUCUGCUCCUCACCCCCAGUAAGACUGAUGGAAGAGUUCCCAGCCAGCAAAGUUCACCUAAAACCUGCAACCUGACGUAUGUCCAGACAUUUCUAGACAUUACUUCCCAGUUUGGGUGUGGUCAUAGGGCAAAAUUCAGCCCUUCAAUGGGGGGGGGCAUAGGUAAUUGGGGGUGGCCUAUGGGAGAUAUUCACCCCUUCAAUGAGGGAAGGAGAGAUAAACAAAUAGAAUAUACAAGCCAUUGUAUACACCAAAUCCCCUCUGACAGCCCGCAUUGUGUAUUGCCCUGCAACACUUUCCUUCCAAGGACAUAUUAAUUUUUCCAAAUUUCCCAGGAAACUAUUUUUGUAACCUUUCGGUGGAGCUUAAUUACCUAAUUUUAUAAUUAGAUUUUAUCUUCUUCCUUCUCUUGCCAAAACACAAUACUUAAAUGGAUUUUGUCACAAGGAUAUUAUCGUUUUAUGUCAACUCCGUGCUGAAGUCAUUACUUAGGGUCUUUACCCAUACACAAAAUGCUUCUGUAAAAUAAUGAAGAAGAUUUCAAAAAAGUUCCACCAGGGAACACUAACCAUGAUGAUUUGUUACGUGAUUUGUGAAAAAAAAAAUGGAAAACUAUUUUUCGAAUUUAAUUGAUACGCAGACACUUUAUAGGUUUUUAAAAAAUAGAAAAUAGCGUGACAUAACCCUUUGAAUACGUCUUUAAACAAAUUUCAGGUGAUCCUAUUAAAAGCGUGGGUUUGGAUGAUUGUGAAGUCUGUCAAACAAGGCCUUGCAAGAACGGCGGCACGUGCACGGAGGUCACUGGAGACUGGGGAUUUAUUUGUACUUGCAGGCCUGGUUACUCGGGAAGGACCUGUGAUGACGCUGGUAACAAGUGUUCACCUGGCGUUUGCAAUGAGGGGCGUUGUGAAAAUAUCGGCAAUGAUGGUUUU